UACAGACUACAACGUGAGCCGCGGUCGUCGUAUAUAAUCCCGAGUGAGGCCGUGUAGCAUCCUCAGAGAGGAGACGAGAUGGAAAAGAAGGUGUAAGGAAACAAAACAAGCAUUUAAAAAAAAAAAGAAAGGGAGGGAGGGAGGUAACGGAUUGAAGCGUGGAUUUUGAGCGACGUCACCGUCAGUGAAGGUUGGAUGCUGGGGAUGAGGAUGCGACUAGCGUGAUACGUGUAAAAGAAACAGCAUUCACUUGUAUUUUUCAUCAUUUUCUGUUAAACGGAAGAGGAUUUAAGACCACGAGGAUGGACGUGCGCUCUCAACACUGAGGCUGCCCGUUCUCCAGUUGUUCCCCCAUGGCCCUCAUUCACGAGCCCCGCGCCCCGUCUCCAUCCCUCUCCGGCUUCAACACCCCUCUCUCCGACCCCCCGUCCUUUCGCCGGCUCGAUGCCGAAACGCCCUGCACCCCUGAAAUGGACCUGACGCCGACCCAAUGCGUCCUUCGGAACGUUCUCUCUAUAGAUAUGGGGGGCACGGUCGAGCCUGGAGGAGGAGGGGGAGGAGGGGACGGACCGACUCCAGGGCCCCACCAGACGCCAGGCGAUGAGCAACAGGAGCACUUUGCCAACAGCGUCCUCAAGCUGCACGAGCAUGACGGCGGUUCCGCCAGGACGGAGGGCGAGGGGACGGAGGCGGACGGCAGCGCCGUGCGGCGUGAGGCGGCCAACGCCAGGCUGCAGUGCCAGUCCAACGGAGGGGGCGGCGGCUUUCUGGAGGGCUUGUUUGGCUGUCUCCGACCUGUUUGGACUAUGAUCGGGAAAGCGUACUCCACCGAGCACAAACACGACCUGGACGAGGCGUGGGAAGUCCCCUUUGAGGAGAUAUCAGACCUGCAGUGGGUGGGCAGCGGAGCCCAGGGUGCCGUUUUUCUGGGCAAGCUUCACGGACAGGAGGUGGCGGUGAAGAAAGUGCGCAAUAUCAAGGAGACGGACAUUAAGCACCUCCGCAAGCUCAAACAUCCAAAUAUCAUCACUUUCAAAGGAAUCUGCACCCAGGCUCCGUGCUACUGCAUCCUCAUGGAGUACUGUGCCCAGGGCCAGCUGUACGAGGUGCUAAGAGCGGGCAGGAAGAUCACACCGUCGCUCCUUAUGGACUGGGCCAUGGGUGUUGCCGGUGGCAUGAACUACCUUCACUUGCACAAGAUCAUCCACAGAGACCUCAAAUCGCCAAAUAUUCUUAUCACGUAUGAUGAUGGGGUGAAGAUUUCCGAUUUCGGCACGUCGAAGGAGCUGAGUGACAAGAGCACCAAGAUGUCCUUUGCUGGUACGGUGGCCUGGAUGGCCCCCGAGGUCAUACGGAACGAGCCCGUCUCAGAGAAGGUGGAUAUUUGGUCUUUCGGCGUUGUGCUUUGGGAGAUGCUGACGGGAGAAGUGCCCUAUAAAGACGUGGACUCCUCGGCUAUCAUCUGGGGAGUGGGCAACAACAGCCUGCAGCUGCCCGUACCUGACAGCUGUCCCGACAGCUUCAAACUGCUCUUGAGGCAAAGCUGGAAUUGCAAACCAAGAAAUAGACCUUCGUUCCGACAGAUUCUCCUGCAUCUGGACAUCGCUUCAGCGGACAUCUUGUCUACCCCGCAAGAAACCUACUUCCAGUCACAGGCCGAGUGGAGGGAUGAGGUCAGGCACCACUUUGAGAAGAUCAAGUCUGAGGGAACGUGUCUUCACCGCUUGGAUGAGGAGCUCAUCAAACGGCGCAGGGAGGAACUGAGACAUGCAUUAGACAUUCGGGAGCACUACGAGAGGAAACUGGAGCGAGCCAACAAUCUCUACAUGGAGCUCAACGCCAUCAUGCUGCAGCUUGAGCUCAAGGAGAAGGAGUUGCUCAAGAGGGAGCAAUCGCUGGACAAAAAGUACCCGGGCUGCUUCAAGCACCACAGUUCCAGACAAUCGGCCUCCUCCAACUCUAUGGAGAAACUCAUGAAGAAACGCAACGUGCCUCAAAAGCUGCCUUCUCACAGCAAAAGGCCCGACUUACUCAAGUCAGAAGUCAUCCUUCCCAAACUGGACUCCUCCAUGACCCAGGUGACCAUCCCAACCAAGGGCUCCACGUCGCCCGGCCGCUCCCGCCGUGGGAAGCCUCGCUACAGGAAGGCGGGCAAAGGCAGCAGCAGCGAGCUGGCUCAGCUGAAGGCCACGCUGUCUUCGUCGUUGGCCAUGAUCAGCGCCACCACGUCGGUCCCCAGCAGCAAGCAGCGUCUGGACCCCAGCGCCGCGCUCAGGGGCCUGCAGCACGACCUGCUGCUCAAGAAGAUGUCGUCCUCUAGCCCCGACCUCAUCUCCACUACGCUGGAGGCGGAGGGACGCAGGAAGGGCCAGGCCGCCCCCGGCCUGGACCGCGCGGGCAGCCAGAGCGCCUCGGCCGGGCUAGAGGACGGCGGCCCGGACGCUGGCCCAGACGUGAGCGUCGAGGCGGAAGAACAGGCGGAAACGCCGCCGCGCAGCGACACGCCCAGCGAAGACGCUGCCUCCGUCCCAAUUGCCAGUAGUCCCGACUCGCCGUGCGGCAGGGGAGCGGCGGCGAGGCGGCCGUCGUCCACCGGGACCCCUCGCCUCCCUCAGGAUGGCGAAGAGAAGGAGGAGGGUGCGGUGAUCACACGCUCGCCCAGGAGUCAACGCCUCACGCCAUCGGCACUGCUCUAUAGGGCAGCAGUCACACGCAGUCAGAGACGCGGUGUGUCAUCCGAGGAAGAGGAAGGCGAGGUGGACAGUGAGGUGGAGCUACCCAGAAGAUGGAGGCCGGCGAGCAUGAGCAAAUGCCAGUCGCUGUCCACGUUCAGCUCAGAGAACCUGUCGGUGUCGGACGGCGAGGAGGGCAAUACAACAGACCACUCGCACAGCGGCACACCCGACGUUGUCAGCACCAACACGGAUGAGCGUCUGGACGACAAAAGCGACGACCUCCUCUCGCAGGGCUCCGAGAUCCCUGCCGACCCCGCCGCCUCUGACGGUCUGUCUGAGAAGGAGGCUGCCGUCCGCCACGUCAGGACGCAGCUGGCCACUCACGAGCUUAACUACGAUGAGGUUCUCUAUGACGACUCAGACUGCGAUAGCGCUGAGCUGGACCACCCGGGCGUGGAGCCCAGCCAGAACUGGUGACAGCCACCACCAGCCCAACCCCGUACACGAGGUCAUUGAAUGCCUGGUUUUAUCAAACGCACACACGCACGCCCACGCACACACACGCACGCACGCACACACAAGGCUGGUCAUGAAGAUUAUGAUCAGACUGAACAAAGUGUGUGUGGUUUCUCACUGUCACGUUACAGAAUACUAUCAGGUUUUAGUUGGCCUACUUAUGCACUUGUUUGUCUCUUAAUUUAUUUUUUACUUGUGUUUAAGAAUGUUUACAUUAUGUUGUUGUGGAUUACGUUGCCAUUUUCUACAUGUACAUAAAGAAAAGCCGCCAGUGUAAAAUGAACAAAUUUCUAACACGCGAGAUUGUAUCGUUUGAAAAAAGGUGCUGACAUUUUUACUUGUGGAUCACAUGUACCUUUUUUUGUUUUUGUUAGUUGAAUGUAUCCUUGCUUGCGCAUCCCGACGCAAGUGAACAAAAGAGUUAUGUGAACAAAGAAGCAAUAUGUUCAUGAAAGUCUAUAGCAGUGUUUACUUGACAAUUUCUCUGGAUGUAUAUACUUUUUUUUAGAUUAAAAAAACAAGCAUGAUUCUGGUAUAUAAAUAUUGGAUAUUUAUGGUUUAGACGGCAGGAGUUUUGUAAAGAGGAACCACUGAAUGCGAUACAAUAAACAUGGCAGAUUUUUAGCUAA